AUGAAUGACCAUGAAACUCACAAGAGAAUGUGUAAUAGAAGAUUUAAAGUUAAUAGAAAUUAUAAAUUUUCAAUUAGAUAUACUGUAAAGAAAACAUGGACAUUUGAAAACAAAAACAUCAAAAAAAAUAAAAUCAUCCAUCAACCAGAUUUAAAUCAACUAAACAAAUUUAUUAUUUAUAUGCAUAAACCACAAUCAAUACAAACUCAACAUAUUACAUCAAGUAAAUUUUAUUUACAUUGUGAAUCAACAAAUAGAAUAAUCGAUUCAAAUGAAAUUCUUACAAAUUUAUAUCCAUGUUAUAAAAUUUAUUAUUCAAAUCCACCAAUUUUAUCAAAUUAUAAUAAUAAUGAUAGUUUUAAUUUUUCAGUAUAUCAUAUUACUGAAGCUGAAAUGUAUUCAAAUGCAUUGGAAGAAGUUGAUGAUGAUGACGAUGAAGAGGUUGAAUAUACACCAAUUUCAGAACAAGAAAUAUUUAUUUAUACAAAACCUGACGAAUUAUGUAACCAUGAUUCAGUUGAAUUUCAAGAAUUCAUUAGAAAAUAUCAAUUGGAACCAAUUAGAUUCGAUGAUGGUACAAAAGAAUCAAUUUUAUGUUUUUGUUAUAGAGUUUCAUUAUUUAUAAAGAAACAUAUGGUUUAUAAUGUAAAAUUUGGUACUCAAAAAGCACUGAAAUCUAUGGAAACCGGAUUUGAAGUUUUAGUACAUUCUUUUCAUCAAUCACUCGUUAUAAUAAUAUACCAACUCGUUAUAUUAGUGGUAGAAGUAUUCAUGAGAAAUCAUUUAGAAAACUAG